ACCCCUCCCACCAGCUCCUGCCCCAGCUAUAAGGCCUCCAGAGAGGAGGGGCCCCCACUGCUCCCAGAGACGUCCCAAGAUGAAGACGGCCCUGCUGCUCCUCGUUGCACUGGCUGUGGCCGCCGGGCCAGCCCGGGCUCUCCGCUGUCACGUCUGCUCCAGCUCUAGCAACUGCGAGAAACCCCAGAACUGUGCAGCCAACGCGCGCUACUGCAGGACCAGGACCAAGGUGGAGCCGCUGCUGGGGAACCUGGUGGAGAAGGACUGCGUGGAGGCGUGCACGCCCACCCACAGCCUGCAGGGCCAGGUGAGCAGUGGCGCGGCGGCCACGCAGUGCUGCCAGGACGACUUGUGCAACAGGAGUCUGCAAAGCAGUGCCCCCGCACACAUCCUGCUCCCCAGCACCGCCCUCGGCCUGGCGCUGGCCCUCAGCCUGCUGACCCACUUUGUGGCCUCCAGCCUGUGAUCCCCCGGGAGAGGCCCCCAUCCCUUUCCGGGGUCCUCCGCAUGCCCCGCCCAGGAGAGGCCCCGCCACGUGGUGAGGGGAGGUUCUGAUGGAUGUCUGGGUGGGGGCCAGCAGGGGAGCUGGUGACCCCGAGCCCCUCCCCCGAGACAAGAGGAACCACUUCCCUGAGCAGCAGGAGGGGGCACAGGAAGCAUUCGGGCCUCUGCCGAUUCCGCCUUCACUCUGCUUGGUUUCCAUUUAUUUUUCUACUUGAACCUCCGCAUAGGAAUAAAUGACUCAAAACCAG